AUGUCUUUCAUUUGGUAUAUUGUGCUUUUCUUCUUUAUUCAGCGUAGUCUUUGUGCAUCUGAUUUGAUUGCUCCACAGAACAACGAACAAUCGGGAUCUUCCUUAUCAGACAACGUGCAAAAGAAGAUCAAUACCGAGGACGUAAUUUUCGACGAAGAGAAGACAAGUAAAGAAGGUAGUUCCAUUUAUAACAAGGGGCAACUAGGAUUUAAUGAACGCAAGCGAGAUGAAAAGAGAUACGGUAACCAGGAUACAGCUCGCAAAGGGCACGACAAAGGAAGACACAGUUUAGGAGAAUCUGAAGUCGUCGAUCACGAGAGGAAUUCUUUUGAACGGCGCGGCAGUGGAUAUUACAAAAAAGGGCAUCGCAGGACCGGUUUCAACAACAACUACCAUAAAGAUGAGUCAGGAAAUAACUCAAGCUUUUACGAGGACAGCGAUGACGAGGGGGGGCAUAGGUCGACGGGGAAUAAUGGUGGAUAUUAUGGGCAAAAAUCGCAAAACUCGUUUAGGGAUGGCUGGCGUGACGCAUCCUACGUUGAGAGAGAUAAGGCACAACAGGGAAUACAUGACAAUAGAAAAAAUUUUAACGAUUAUCGCGAUCAUGUCGGAGGGUACAACAAUGAUCGAUACACAGAUAAUAGAAGAAAUUACUUGAGAAACGAAGCUAGACGUUAUUUCGAUAAAAAUGGGGAAGAGGUACAUUAUCCGAUUAUUUAUCGUAAUAUCGAUCAUAUUCCUGCAUUCGGAUAUUCACGCUAUCACAUAGAUACGCUACCUACAGGCUAUUACAAGAAGGAUCCUUACUCAAUGGAUUACCGAUAUUUUCCAUAUCAGAGGCAAAGAAACGAUGAACAAGAUUUAUAUUAUCCAUUUAGGAGAGGUUAUAGCAAAGGUUAUCGGGAUGAUCUUUAUGAUAACGGAUACUUGAGCAAAUACAGAAAUGGUUUUGAUAUUGGAUAUCAUAGAAUUUAA